UAGCAUCUCAGGAGCUACAGCACAACACAGAGAGGCUGCACGGCAACACUGCAGCAUUGGGAGAGAGGUGGCUUGUCAUGUGAAUAAAUUCUAUACUUUUUUUCUUUUUAUUUACAUUUAAUAGUAGAGUAUUGGCUCAUUUUAUUACACUCUGACAGUAUUUCCUGCGCCGCUUGACGCUAACGGCUAGCAUUAUCUCCGUGGCUAAGCUAAGUAGCAGCAGCUUCGCUAGCAUGGACGGUGUGGGCGUGUAGCUCUGCGCAGAAACCAGAUAUAAACGCUUCCGGCUGUUGAAUAGAUAGUGAAAAUGGACACACGAGCUCUGAAGAAUCCUUAUCAUGACUAUGAUGGGAACCCAGCGUCCACGCAGGCGCUGUUUGACUCUGAGGGAAAGCUCACUCCGGCGUUUGCCCAGAGGCUGAGCAGCAAUGUCAGCGAGCUGCUGGCUGUCAUGGAGAAUGGACUUAAGUCUGCUGAUCCCAGAGACUGCACCGCUUACACAGGCUGGGCAGGCAUCGCUUUGCUCUACCUGCACCUCCACAGCGUCUUCAAAGAGGCCGUCUUCCUGCAGAGGGCGCUGGACUAUGUCACCCGCAGCCUGAAGAACCUGACCCGUCGCCAUGACGUCACCUUCCUGUGUGGAGACACCGGGCCGCUGGCCGUAGCUGCCGUGGUCUAUACACGCCUGCAGAGGGCGCAAGAGGCAGAGGACUGCAUCAGCAGGCUGCUGCAGUACCAGCAGGCGGUUCUGAGCGGGUCCAGUGGGCUGCCGGACGAGCUGCUGUACGGCCGGAUGGGCUUCCUCUCCUCCCUGGUGUUCCUGAACCAGCAGCUGGGUCCGGACCGGGUCCCGCUGCACUGGAUCCAGCAGGUCAGCGAGGCGGUUCUGGCGUCGGGCCUGCAGCUCAGCAGAAAGCUCCGCCUCCAGAACCAGAGCCCGCUGAUGUACGAGUGGUACCAGGAGCAGUACGUGGGCGCUGCCCACGGCCUCGCCGGCAUCUACUACUUCCUCCUGCAGCCGGGCUUCGUCUCGUCAGAGGAGCAGGUCCUGCGGCUGGUGCAGCCCAGCGUGGAGCACGUCUGCCGCCUGCGCUUCCCGUCUGGGAACUACCCGCCCUGCGUCGGGGAUGACCGGGACCAGCUGGUGCACUGGUGCCACGGCGCCCCUGGGGUCUUCUACAUGCUGCUGCAGGCCUACAAGGUGCUGGGGAACCCGCGGUACUUGGAGGAGGCGCUGCAUUGCGGGGAGGUGGUGUGGCGCUGGGGGCUUCUAAAGAAAGGCUACGGCCUCUGCCACGGCGCCGCCGGCAACGCCUACACCUUCCUGGGCCUCUACCGGCUGACGUGGGACCCCAAACACCUCUACAGGGCCUGCAUGUUUGCAGAUUGGUGCAUGAACUAUGGUCGCCACGGCUGCCGGACACCAGACACCCCCUUCUCUCUGUUCGAAGGCAUGGCGGGCACCAUCUACUUCCUGGCAGACCUUCUGCAGCCAAUGAAGGCCAGGUUUCCAGCUUUUGAGGUCUAACCCCCCCCACUCCCCUCUCCUGUGCAGAUACAAGGCCUGCUGUCGUACGCAUGCAGACGCAUCUUUAGUCCCUCAACACAAUGUGGCGCUACGCAGACCAUUCUUGUUUGUUUUCAGUUACCAGAACGCAAAAAGGGGAAAAAAAAAAAUGUUUCCAAAUGUUCUAAAGUCUUGAAGUUGUAUAUUUUUGUUUUCCCAAAUUGUAAUAACACUUUAAAGGCUCGUAAAGCAGCAAAGUUUCCUGUAGUUGCAAUAUCAGCGAGGAGAGUCCACCAGGUGGCAGCAGAGAGUCAUUAGGGGAACGCGUUAGAGUUGACACCUGGUCUCAACAUUAGGGGUUUAUUUCACAGACAGAUCAGCUUAAUAAACCAGGAAUGUGUCAGAUUUAAAAUUAAAGCUCAUAAGGGGAAAAUUAAGUAUGAUCCAAACAACCUAGGAGCUUUUUAAUCCGCUUUGAUUGGAUAUUUGUUUCAAAAAGUUGAGUUUGUUCUCCAGAAACCCGUCUGUUUUGUGCCAUCCGCCGUGCAGCAGAGGUUGUAGAAACCCAACACGUCCUGCAGGACAGCAGGUAAAAAUAGAGCUCAUCUGUGGCCCCGCAGGACGCGCCUGCUGCUCCUACCAAUGUCCUCCAACACUCGUCUUCCUGCUGGACCCCGACCGCUCCGUUACAGUGUCAGGAAAUAUUUGUAAAUAUGAACUGAGGUGAAAUGUGUCUGAUUCCAUGUGGUCGAAAGAAUCAAUAAAGUUUGCAACAUUAACAUUAAAUAUUCAUGCAGAUUCUGGUUUACAGUAGACGCUAAGUAAAUCCUUUAUCUGAAAAUAAGGGUUUUUCUGUGUGGAUAACUAUGAUCGCUGAUUGUCCAUCAAACAUUUAGUUGUUGUAGAUCAGACCCAGGGAACCAAUAAAUGUUAGUUUAUUCUUAAAUUUUCACCCAAAAAAAUCAACUAUUAUUACAGAGAUUGGAUAUUAAAACACGAAGGCUCAUGCUGUUUUGGGCAAAGCCAUAGAAAACAUGGAGAAUACUGAGACCUCUCAGUCAACAGGAUGUUAAAAUCUCCAUUCAGUCAGACUUUCUCAUAAAAUCUAAACCUGUUCAUAGAACUGAUAUCAACUUAUCAGUUGCUCAGAUGAGGUUCAGAAUAGUUUGGGCUUCCCUAAGUUAAAGAACAUAAUCUCCAGAUACCCUAAGACACGUUAUGGCCGUCCUCCUGAAGGGGUUAACCACAGGGGAGUCUCCUGGUGUCUCUGGAGGAGCUGCAGGAACCAACAGCCCAGGUGGGAAGAACUUAUUUCACUCUAGAAAUCUUUUGAAGUUUGCAACAAAUCAACACACAGAGGCAGCAGCAUUAUGCCGUGGUUUAUCUUAAAAGAACUAAAAAAGCUGUCUGUCUCAAGAAAACAGAGUUAGAGACUGCUUACAGUUUCCAGCCUGUGGUUCUUUGGACCAUCCAGAAUGGUUCUCAAUUUAAAAUGAUGAUGAUUGAACUAAUGUUUAAAAUAUGACUGUAACAAAUGCUGUUUUUUUCUUGCUUUCUUUCAUGUGAUGAAUUAAUUUACCAAGACACUAAAACUACUAGUGAUAUUGUUUUAGAUUUAUUUUACUAUCAAUAAAUUGGAAACUGUGCUCUAUUUAAUUGUCCAUAAAUUUCAACAUCCCAUUUUCUUCAAGUUUUUUUUAUGUCUUAAAACUUAAAACACAUAUAGAAAAUGGGGUUCUGUAAAAAUGACACAUUUUCUAAAAUAUUUAUCAAAAGUUGUCUUUUUUUUUUUUUUUUUUCUCAAGGGUCAUUUAACAUUCAUGUCAUGUAAGCAAGUCUGAAUAAGCCAGACUGAGAAAAAACAAAUCUGGAUUUUAGGUUUGUAAAGGUUGGACACCCCUGGCCUAGUCAAAGUCCAGGUAAGAAUCUGUAACUAGAUUUGAAAAGCAAUGAUUAGUAUCUCUGAGUGCAAGUAUUGUAAAUUAUUAUUGUUCUCCCGCAGAGCCCAUUUAGGCAUGGGAAGGUCAAAGGUCAUUUCAGUGUCGUAGAACAUCGAUGUUCCCUCUGGACAUCAUGUUCUCUGGCUGUUUAUUAAAACCUAAAUAAAAUGUGUUGUUCUCUG